AUGAUGUCUACAAUUUCUCCGGUUUUCUCAUGUGAACCGGGUUUAACAACCCAUGUCCCAGCUUUCGACACCGGGUUCACUCCAUGGGACAUUUCACACCUUUUCUCGGUCUUCGACUCAUCAAUGAAUCUAAUACCGGAGUCGGCCCAUGAAUACCAAAGCCAUGAUUCGGUAAACCGGUCUGGUCCAGACGUUGUUCCAACAGAUAAUUAUACCGAUGAAUGGAGAAAGAAACGGAAAUUAUCGAACCGUGAAUCAGCUAAGCGGUCAAGGGUGAAGAAACAAAAGCACUUGGAAGAUAUGAGCAUUCAGCUAAACCAGCUCCAGAAUGAGAACCGGGAAUUGACGAACCAGAUCCGGUACGUUUUACACCAUUUUCAACGAACAGAGAUGGAGAAUGAUCGUCUACGUCUGGAGCACCGUAUGCUCCACGAUACCUUGUUGAACAUAAGACAAGUUUUGAUGUUGCAUCAGAUCGACCGGAGCUCAGACUGUCCUACUUGGCCUUACGAUAACAUUACUGUCGUUACGGUUCAACAUGAUCUAUCGAUCACAACAGAUCAUAUCAUGUUAUAG